AUGAAUCAUCAUGGUGAUGGUAUGGCCUCAUCAGCGAGUCACUUCUGCACCAAGCUUCACAUCUGGCUUGAGCUAGCAGGCUUACCGUAUACCCUUCUACCGGCUAAUGGACCCGAUGGCCCCUACGGUGAGGUAUACUCCUACAGCAGUUGUCAUUUGGUUAAACUCUCAGGUAAAGCACCGUACAUCGAGCUCAACGGCCAGGUCUACGCAGAUUCGAGUGCUAUAGUGAAGAUGCUAUCAGAUAAGUAUGGCAAGGACUUGGAUGCCGACCUUAGCCUGGAGCAACGAGCCAUGAGCAUCGCCGUUCAACGUAUGGUGGAGGAGCACACCUACUUCCUUACUCUCGCCGACAUGGCCCUACAAGAUGGAGCUUUCGAAGUAUUGAAUAAGAAGUUGAUGAAUUUACCAACGGUUGCCCGAUGGAUCUUCCCGACGUUUCUGUUGCGAAGUUUCAAGGCGAUUCUGAACGGCCAGGGAAUCGGACGCCUCCCCGAAGUUGACCGGAAGCGAAGAAUGAAAGAGGAUAUCGAGGCUCUCUCGAUCAUCUUGGGAGAGAAAAAAUACCUCGUGAAUGACGAUAAGCCUUCCACUAUUGAUGCUACCGUAUUUGGUUAUUUAUGGUCGAACUUUGACACCGAUUCGGAGUUUACUAAGUACAUGUCCUGCUGCACAGAGAGUGAGAAGUAUGAUAACUUGAUGGCUUACUACACUCGGAUGCGUGAGAUGAUGCUCAA